CUUCGCCGGGUAGGGUUUGGUGGCAGCACAUGCACAACAACAGGUGAAAGUGCUGCUUAAUGUUCUUCUGUUUUUUUUUUUUACUGGUCCAAAAGUGAACGUGGCAGGAGGAAACGGAACCAUUAGUGAAGUUCCUACAGUAGAAAGAGUACUGUGAAAUACCGCUUCGAAGCUGCUGAAGCCUGCAAAUAAAGCAAGAGAUAAUGUAAGACAGGAAAAGUGCCUUAUCGUUUAUAUGUGUGAAGUGAGUGUUUAUCGUCGUGUAUGUGUGCUAUUUAGAGUUAAAACUUAAUAUAAAUCUUCUAAUAUUAUAAAAUUGAAAAAAAUAAUAACUGUGUUAAAAAAAAGCAAAGUUGUUCAAUGGUUGAAGUUAUUAAGUCAUCUCAGUUAGCUGGAAUUCACGUAGCGUUACGUAACAUGACUGUUCGUAGAGGGUUCUUGAACUCGACGCUGAAGUGUUUGGCUGGCCCUGACCGUGUAUCGAAGCUGCUCAAGUGGAGAAGUUAACUUUCAGAGUGGACCAACGUGAAAGCAUGCGACCGCGGUUGGACAUUAUUAAAGUGCGAGUGUAAAACCUAGCGAUCAUUAAUCUAAAUCGCGUGAAGCGUGUGAGAAGUGUGCCAAUAGCCAAUCGUCCAUUCGGAUGCAGUACGGGCUGAGAACAGCUGUUGGCAGAUGUGGGAAAAUGUUCGAUAAGUGCAGUGGUGCGAUCCUGUCCGCGCUGGCAGUCGUGUGUAUCAACUUCACGGGAUCCAGAGCCUUCGACGUCUACUGGAACAUUCCAACCUUCAUGUGCAACCAAUAUCAGAUGGACUUCUCCGGUGUGGGGUCAGCCUACGGUGUGAAUCAAAACGGCAACGAUUCGUUCCGGGGCAACGUCAUCUCCAUCCUGUACGAUCCGGGAAAGUUUCCGGCCCUGCUGGAGAAAAGUUCCACCCGGGUGCUGUACAAGCGAAACGGGGGCGUCCCCCAGGAGGGCAAUCUGACCGAGCAUUUGGAAAUUUUCCGAACCCAUGUCAGCGAGCUGGUAACAGAUGCCAACUUCUCCGGAGUGGGCUGCAUUGAUUUCGAAUCGUGGCGUCCCAUUUUCCGGCAAAACUUCGGCUCGUUACAACCCUACAAGGACCUAUCGAUAAAGAUCGAAAAGGAAAGGCAUCCCAACUGGCCGGAAAAAUGGCUGGAGGCGGAGGCCACCAGACGAUUCGAAGCAACAGGCCAGGACUUCAUGGCCCGUACCUUGAUGCUGGCGAAGCAGCUACGACCCCGAGCGGCUUGGGGCUAUUACGCCUUUCCGUUUUGUUUCAACAUGAACGGAGCGGGCAGCAACCAGCAGCGAGAGGACUGCUCCCCGGAAGUGCAACGGGAAAAUGACCGAAUUCAGUGGCUGUUCGACGAUUCGGACGUAAUCUUCCCGUCGGUGUAUCUUCGGGAAAAGCUCAGCCCCGGCGAUCGGCAAAAGCUGGUACGCGGCCGGGUGAAGGAAGCGCUCAGGGUGGCCCGCAGAGCGAAAGCGCAACCCAAGCCUCGAGUGCUGACGUACAUUCGGUACGUCUACACGGAUAGUACAAACUACUUGACGGAGUCGGACUGGAUCAAUGCCCUUAACGCAAUGAAGCAGUACGGAUCCGACGGAGUAAUUCUGUGGGGCAGUUCGUAUGAUCUCAAUUCAAGGCAAAAGUGUACAAACUUCAAAGCAUACCUAGACCACACACUGGGUCCGAUACUACAUUCCCUCCAGCAGCGGUACUUCGUCGAAGGACUCAAAAUGAGUGACGACCUCCAGAUAUGAGUGCAAAAAUCAGCAGCAGUAUUUCGCUAGUAGAUAAAUUAUGUACGCCGAAUGUGAUCAUGUCAAUUCCAAUCACCAAAAUGUAGUCCAUAAAUAAGCUAGAAUCAAUGCAAACGUUCAACAUUAUUUAUAAGCAGCAGAUAGCUUUGAAGGAACGAUAAAAAAACAAUAUUGAGCAAGUGAC